AUGAAAACGCAGCCUGGGCUAGAUGCGCUAGAUGAGUGCCAGACCGCGAGCAGCACCCGCACGAAGUUCAUCGACGAGCUCCUCAGCCUUCAGUCACGACACGACGCAAACAUUCUUGUUACUUCAAGAUUGAUCAACGAUGUCGCGGAGAGAUUUCAGCAGGCGACCUUGCUGGAGAUUCGCGCAAAUCCCGAAGAUGUAGGAGUCUUCUUGGCUGCGAACAUGGCAAACAUGCCAGCCUCCGUACGGAGGAGCGAACCCCUUCAAGACAGUAUCAAGACCGCCAUUCUUGAGGCCAUUGACAGCAUGCUCCUGCUCGCUCGUUUAUACAUUGAGUUCCUUGAGGACAAAAUGACCCCCAGGGCCAUGAGAAACGCUUUAGAUGAGCUACAGAGACGUGCCCAAGGGAAAUUAGGCGAGGAUCGCUGA